AUAUCAAAAUCCCUGGCACACAAUUGGUUUCAUUUCAAUUCAAGACAGCAGCAUGUUCUUUUUCAAUAUGUAGAUUCUGCAUGUCCUUACCUUAUCUCUCUUUUCUUUUUUUCAGAUGAACCAGCACGGGACGUAUUCCUUCACAUGUAUUCAGAAGUCAGCAGCAGCUGUCUCGCGGCGAAGCUCUUAUAGGCACCUCUCCUCACAUUCCUCCUCUUGUCUUCUAUCUCCACCAUCCAACAUAUUCAACAAGUCACACGCAUGAACAUCAUUAAGUGAACAAGUGGCACUACUGGUUUGGUCAACAUUCUUUGUCUGACACAAUCAAUGUCCGCUCAUAACAACGCACAUACAAAUAUUCCUGGAAUUUGUCUGCAAAAUAAAAGAGUCCAAUUCUUUCAUAGGUAAAUGGUUGUGUGAAUGUGACACGUGAUGGCUAUUAUAUUAUUUAUUUGAUGGCAAACUAAUACAAAGUGAGCUUGCAGUCCUGUGGGGAAUGAUACGAGCACACCUGAGGGAUAAGUUGCUGUGCAGAGGAAAAAGAUUAGCGCCUCUCUAUUUAUGUCCUACAAAGCUCUUUAACAUGCCUUGCAAAGCUUUUCUACCUUCAUGUGUCAGACACCGUGGGAGUAAAGUGCGUGUGUGUGUGCGUGUGCAUCUAGGAGCAAGUGCGAGUUGCCAUAAUCAAGUCGAUUGCCCUUGUUGAGCUGCUCUUCAAUCUUCUCGCCUGUGCGCCUCCAUAGUGUCCCUUCGUCUUCAUUGUGGAGAGCAAGCUCAGGGCAUAAGGAGUAUCUAUCGUAGGGAACGCUCAAGUGGGCAGGAUGUUGAUCACCAUGCUAACGGCCAUGUUCGUGAUGGUCCGAGUCGUGCAAUCGAUAGGGGAGCACUUUGGUCACCAGCAAGAGCCUCUGCCAUACAUGGUGUCCCAGCCUUUGCCCUGGCAGGUGCAUUCCGUGUCACACAGCCGCAGAAGCAGCAAAGCAGAUGAGCUGGAUGGCUUCAGAAGGAACAGCAUGGGUGUGUACAGAAAGUACUCCAACGCCAGUAACGGCACGUGCUGCAGUGAAGUGCUAGGCCCGCCCCCCCUCAGCCCCGUGGACAAGGCCGCGGCCACCAUCCAGACUCACUUCAGGAAGUUUCAGCAGAAGAAGUUAAAGAAUGGCAAAUAGAUCAGUUGGACUUUUUUGGAAGUGCAACACACUGCUAGAGCUCCCUCUAGUGGCAAAUAUAAAAAUCACCACCUAAAUACAGUUUAGGUGUGUUUAACUGCGUUUAAUCUUCAAGGAAUCUUUAUUUAUUUAGGUACAAUACAAGCGAAUGAGAUCCAACAAAAACACUGCAAAAAAUGAGUCUGCCUUUACAAUUUUUUUUUCAAUG